UACUUCUCUCCUGCAGGAUCCCGCACUUUUUAUCUGCUGCUGCUGUGUGCCUGCGCGCGCCAGGUGACAGCAGCACCCUACUCCAGCGCCGGCGGCGAGACCUUAGAGAUCUCCGGAGAUGAGGUUCCGGACCCCCCCAAAACCUUCCCAUCCACGAAAUGGGAGCCGCUAACCUACGAACUCUUCUACGAGGUCAGCAAACUCCACGACCAACAGUUUGUGGAAGAGUUUGACGAACCAAAAGAAAACAUGUCGAAUUAUAAGGAUAACAAGCUGGCGCUGCCUAACGUUGCAGAGUGCUCUUCGUCCAACUUCAGCAAGGAUACCUGCCUCCUGCGCAUCUCUACUGGCCUCCAGCUGCACGCGCUCUACCUGCAGUUUGUGCAGCAGGAGUACUCAAACUCCGUCCGAGUUCCCUACAUCAAAUCCCGAACCAAGGCUCUGGCUGAUCACGUCACGGAGAUAAUGAAGAGCUCAAAGCAUGCGGUGGAGUUGAGCGUGUCCGCGCGGGAGGAGCUGCUGCGUGCUCUCCCAGCCGGCAGCGAGUGGGAGCGGAAGAUCACGGUGCACGUGCUGCUGCGGGAGUUCCGCUCCUUCCUGAUGGCCACUGUCCGCGCUCUGCGGCACAUCGAGCUGCGUGGCCGCAGGAAACACACCCCCAAGGCCGAAAACUAGGACUACAACUCCCAGCUCCACCAGCCACCGGACUACAGCUCCCAUCUCCACCGGCCACGGGACUACAGCUCCACCGGUCACAGGACUACAGCUCCCAGCUCCACUGGUCACAGGACUACACUGUGAUGUGUCCUUUCUGGAGUCCAACAACCCAUCCAGGCUUUACAAGUCAAGUCUUCGUAUUUAUAAUAUUUAUUUAAUAUUAUGUGACAAGAUAUUUAAAAUAAUUGUGUAUCCUGUGAUAGAAAUUAAUGGAUUUUUGUAUCAUGCAACUGAAAUGCAUCUACACUGUCAAUAUGAGGAUAGCAUAUCCGAAGUGGAUUCUUGUUUUAUAUUGC